CUCUCUCUCUCUGUCUCUCUACGCCCGAAGACCCGUUUCCCGAACCCUAAUUCCUGUCUCUCUCUUUCUCUCUCUCUCUCUCUCUCUCUCUCUACGCCCGAAGACACCCCCGGCGAGGCGGCGACGCUUUUCCGUCUUCACCGUUCGCACACCCCCGGCAGCGCAUUCUUUGCCGUUCGCAUAUCUCGAUGGAACUCCGGCAGCGGUGCUUUCAGCAGGUGGAUUGAUCUAAUAGUGUUACUUUCUGGUUGACAAGGAGAUCUGAAGAUUUGAGAGAAACAAGCAUUUGCUAUCUGAAAAUCUGAGGAGGGAAGCACUUGUCCUCUAAGCACCAUGCCUAAGAUAAAGACGAGCAGGGUGAAAUAUCCAGAAGGAUGGGAGCUUAUUGAGCCUACGCUUCGUGAAUUAGAAGCAAAAAUGAGAGAAGCUGAAAAUGAUCCACAUGAUGGGAAGAGAAAAUGCGAAGCACUUUGGCCUAUAUUUCGAAUUGCACAUCAGAAGAGCCGUUACAUAUAUGACCUUUACCAUAGGAGGAAGGAGAUAUCAAAGGAAUUGUAUGAAUUCUGCCUCGAUCAGGGCUAUGCAGACCGUAAUCUAAUCGCAAAAUGGAAAAAACCGGGCUACGAGCGCCUUUGCUGCCUUCGCUGCAUGCAGACGCGAGAUCACAACUUUGCGACCACGUGUGUCUGUAGGGUUCCUAAACAUCUCAGGGAAGAAAAAGUUAUUGAAUGCGUUCAUUGUGGAUGUGGAGGAUGUGCUAGUGGUGACUAAGUACUGUACUAAAAUCACAUUUAUUAUGUUUCUGCAUCUCUUUGUUGUCUGGAUAGCCAUUAUCUAAUGCUUAUUUUGUGAUACUUUUAUGUGUU